AUGAGAGCUACAACUCUUUGUAGGUCUCGUGUGGAGCAAAUUUUGUACAGUGAUCUUUCAGUUGUAAAAAGUAUUAAAUUUGGUAAAGAGAAUGAGGAUCAAGCUAAAGAUGUUUUAGAAAAAAUGUUAAAUAUCAAAAUUGAAAAAGCUGGUCUUUUCCUUUGCUCUGAGGAAUAUCCAUUUUUAGGUGCAAGUCCUGAUGGCCUUGUUGAUGAUGAUAAAAUUGUAGAAAUCAAAUGUUCUUUCAGUGCACAAAAUAUGUCACCCGAGCAGGGAAUUUUAGAACGAAAAAUUAACUGCUGGAAAAUUGUCAAGUCCUCAAAUGUGGACAAAAUAUUUUACUCAACGAAAAUGGAACCAAAACUUAUACGGUUUUUCAAAUGUUGUCUUUUGCCCGAAAUAGUUGAUCCGAUGCGUCGGAGAGGUCAAACACCUUCGGUUCGUACCUCCCCUACCACCCUUUGA